UCAACAUCACCUUCGUACAGACUACCAGCAUGAAGCCGGUUUCUCUUUCUCUCCUCGCAUUCGCGCCCUUUGUCUUUGGGCACGGAGAGCAUGGCAAGCUUCCUGGUGAAGACAUCAAGACUUAUGCGAUUCGACACAUGACCUCAGAGCAUCACAUUGACUCUUUUGACCUGCGGAGCUUCUUCCAUUUGCAUGAUUUGAACCGAGACGGCUUCUGGGACCGGGAAGAGAUUGAGGCUAUCUAUGGUGUCCACCACAUCUAUUCUCAGAAGAAAUCAAAGGACGACGAGGAGCACCAGAAGAAGGCUGAUCAUAUUUCCGGCACUGUCCUCACGAUUGUCGACAAGAAUGGGGAUGGGAAGAUAUCGCCUGAGGAGUUGGAAGCUGUUGGGUUAGAUGGGCUCCCUAACUUCGACGACAUGGGUGCAGAAGGGCAUCACUACGAUGUGGAAAGCGAGUUCUUCCUCCACCACGAAGAGGAAUUCCACUCGACGCCUGAGACCCAAACCGAUGAGUCCUACAACCAUCCUGAGGACCUCGAACACUUUGCCCACCACGAGGAGAUCGAGAACAAGGAGGCUAUCAAGGAAGCAGCAUAUCAGGGCAUUUCAGUUGAGGAGGUGCUGCAAUCGCACCAGUCAACACCGAAGGAGGACACCGAAGCCAAGAAAGUCAACCGGGUUUCACCUCCUGAGAAGCAAGAUCCCAGCGUCCGAUUCCGGGAAGCUAAAGCACAGGGGGAUGCCAAAGGCGAAUGGGGGACUGGGUCUGAUGGAUAUAAGGCGCCCACAAAUCCUGGAGAUAAGAUGCGCAAAAACUUGCCGUACAAGUACAAAUUCCGUCGCAGCUGGGGCGACUUUUAGGUCGAUUCUUGUGCUACUCAGUUUGUAUAGCCCUCUCUAUUGGAUAUCUACCGGAGCCUUUCUCUCAUGUACGAAUACACCUCACUAGUAAAGGGGUUUGUGCCGGGCUCGAUUGAGAGUAUAUUACGACGUGCUUGUUGUGCGUAGGUACUGGGUCUAUUGCCAAGGGAUCUUCCACCGGGUGCCGAACUCGGAUCACCGGCCAGCCCACUUACUCAGCCCCGGCAUCCUCCCAUCUCGCGAACAUUGCGGUUGAUUUCCGGCCAUGUCUAAUCUCUUGGGGACUGGCCAGCCCCCCUCGUUCUACCCAUACCAAACCGUAUUUCCGGACAACUUCGCGAAUAGUCAUGGUAUCGCUCAGGAAACUGAUCUCAGUAACCCCGUCCAUUCGGUGUCCCCCGCGGAACUGGCCCUCCCCCUCGAUAUUCGAAUAGAACGGAAAUGCUCCGUGCGCACCUGCCUGAACGUGAUCGAACCUCCGACGCACCCAGAUGAAGCGCCACGGAAGAUGUGUGUGCCCUGUCGCGAGAAACACCGGUCGUAUGCAAGCACGAAAAGGGCGCGACGCAAGGCGGAGAAGAACCUCGCCUGCGGGGUAAUCCCCCACGCGACUGGGCCAGCAGACGUGAUAGACGGUGGUGUGCCCCCCGAUCCGAGCACGUGGGAGGAGCAUCUGCCGGCUGCACCCCCAUCUUCGGCAUGCAUCUCGACGGCUGCCUUAUCAGCGCCGUCCGCGAGUGCCGAUGGCCACUGGCCUAUAGAUCAGGUUCUCUACGCGCAAUCCCAAGCCUCUCUGCACUCUACCCUUGCUGGUGCUCUGACGCUUCAGUCGACGGCCGAUUCGUCCGGUCAAUCUCCUAGUUCUUCUCACCUUCCGGUUGUUCCGGGGAGCAGCGAAGGGGCGCAAGCCGGGAAUCCCGCCGGGUCAAACCCAGUCCGUGCAAACCCAACGGUCUACCCAGACCACGUCGUCUCCGUCGGACCUCCUGGCGUCAAGCUCAAUGCUGCCCUGCUCGAGGGAGAUUCUCGUUAUUGCUCGGUCAAGGGCUGCAGAGCCGUGAUCCAUGAAAGUUUGGCCGACUAUCCGUACAAAAUGUGCCGACUCUGCCGCGACCGAUACCGUCUCUAUGGUAUCAAGAAACGCGCGAAAGACAAGGCAACUAGAGUGACGCAGGACAAAGUACUGGAUAAUCUGCGCGAUAUGGAGGACCUCCGUCGUGACGCUGCUGGGCUUCCUCCUCUGUCGGAAUGUCCAGAUGAGCUCCAAGCAUGGGAAGCCUCGAUUAUCGAAGAACAGCGGCCGACGGGACCGACUCACCAGGCCUUGGUACGAGGGCCUGUCCCCAUGUCCAUGCCACCUUUGGACGAACGAUAUUCCCAUCAAGGGCCUGUCACGCAUACCCGCAUGUGUUCAGUCUCGCACUGCCAUGAGAUCCUUCCCAGCGAAUAUCGGUACAAACGGUGUGAGCCGCACCGGCUACAGAAUCGGUGGCACUCGAGGAUCAAACGCGGGAGGGAGAAGAUCGAUAAAGGGUUCAUGCUGCCGGACGGAACUGUCCUCGUUGAACCAGGGCCGGUGAAGGUAGCUGACCUCGCCUAUUCGCUACAAGCGAAGACAUCGGAUGAGGCGACGCCGAGCGAAUCUGAGUCUGAAAUCGAUCCGGAGCUGUGUGCGACGACAAUGAAAUCGAAUUUUCAGUUACCAGACAGAGAGUUUUGUUUGGAGGACGGUUGUCUCAAUCCUUUACCUCCGGGAACUCCCCGGAAGAGUUGUGAGAGCUGUCGGGCAGCGCAACGUAACUCGGAAAAAGAAGGCGUAGCCCCAGCCCCGGAACUAGCAUCCUCAGCCGUCGCCUCUGAUAACGCCUUGACUUUCGUCGUUGCUUUGCCCACACCGGACCCUCCAGUCGAGGAUGCAUCUCCCACUGCAAUCGCAUCCGAUUCUGCCAGCGAACGAUCACCCUCGGUCAGCGAGCAGUCCCCCGCGCCCCCAGUCGAUGGCCACUCGGGCUUGCAGCCUACCGUCGUCUCUGUCGUUUCCAAGCCCAAGAAGCCACGAAAGUCUCGCAAAGCAACGCAGCCUUCUGAAGAGGUGGAGCAGACGCCCUCCCAUUCCGCUGUACAUCCUUCUGUGGCUCCAACGGGAAUCGUGCCGAUUCCCUAUCCGACCAGCCCAUAUCCCUAUUAUAUGCCACCGGGAUACUAUAAUUACAGCAGCGGCCAUCCACCUCCCCCGGCCUAUAUGCCACCAGACAAAGCAAGAACUGUAGUGUCCUACGCCUAUUAUCCUUGGCCUCCUGGAUAUCCACCCGCUGGAUCAGGCCCUUAUGCUUAUUACCCCCCAAUUCCCCACCCACCUACGAUGAAUCAAUAUCCACAGAAUCAUGCCAGUACCAGCGCCGAACAACCUGCGGCAAAAAAGGCUAGGACAGACGCAGAAACACCAGAUGCAGUGCCAGAACCGCAAGUUGGCUCAGCUGAGCCUUCUGUCUCGCAAAGAAUCUGCGCGGGUAAGACAUGUCACAGGUCUCUAUCAGCAGCUGUCGCUGGCAACUUCUGCGAGAGAUGUCGAGCCAGGGUCAAGAGGCGACAGGCUUCAGCAAAGCAGCGGCUUAGAUUGGAGCCCAAGAAAUCAAUAUUGUCGACCCGUAUAUCCUCAUGAAUAUCAUCUUGUCUAUGUAUCUACAUGCAAAUCUGCUUACAGGACUCUCAUAAUAGUGCACACAAAUCAGGUUAGGGUUUCCGAUGGCCGGAUUUUCCCGAGCUCGUCAUUCUCCUCCUUCUCCAAAAUUAUUUUUAACCCGGGCCCUCUGCAAUAAACCUUUGCAGCUAUGGCUUCCCCCACCGUCAAUACCGUGCGGUACUCCGCUCUCUUCUUCGGCGUUGUUUAUGGCUGGUACCACCGCCGAACACUACUGGCGGAGCAAAAGGUUCACAAGAUCGAAGCUGCGGCCCACGACCGGGAGCACUUGAUACAUCAGGCGAAGGAGGCAUGGAGGAAGAAGCAGGAGGAGGCUCUGAAGCCCAAGACGGAGAACGCAUUGAUCACCGACCCGGAGGAUCCCCGGUUCGACCUCGAAAAGCUCGUCGCGAGUUGGGAAGCUACCGCAUAACUUGUAUCUCCUCUCCAUCUUCUUUUGCAAUAGAGAGCUUUUGACCUAUAAUAUGAACUAUGAACCUGCCAUUGCACUUGGGCUUGAGUCAGCAACCGUGUCAGCCGACGUUCCUCCAUCUUCGACUUCCUUCCCCAAAGGAAACUAGUCUGAUGAUUUGACACGCCGACGAUAGCACAUGAUUUCCACACUCUUGAGUCUCCCCACAAUGUCAGCCUUGGUGCACAAGGGAAGAUGCUUUUGCGGUUCAAUCAGCUACCAAGUCACAGGCGAGCCCGUUUUGACCGCAUUUUGUCAUUGCACUCGCUGUCAGGCCAUGAAUGGGUGCCCUUUUGUUUGGACGCUGCAUUUCCCAUCUACAGCCUUCGAAUGGACCCAUAGCGAGCCCCACUUGGCGAAUCUAGACUCAUACGUGACAGAUGGCAAGCCUUGGAAGACACGCUAUCGUUGCAAAACGUGUGGAACUUGCCUCAGCUCACAUAAUUCGAAGACGAACCGCAACAGUGUUUGGGGUGCACACUUCGAGAGGGAUGAGGGUGGGAAAACAAAGCAUUUUGAGCGAGUGAAGCCUACGGCACAUAUGUUUUACGGGACCAGGAUAGUCAGCGUGGAGGAUGGCUUAAGCAAAUGGGAAGGUUACGAAGCCAAAUCGGCGAGAAUUGCCUAGGGUCGAAGCCACGUUAGAUAGGGUCGACGAUGUGCCAUAUCGAGUGCUGAGACAAACUUCGGCAACCAAUCCAAUUUAGUCAAAACAGUUAUGUUGACGGAAACAUCAUAGUCUCAUUGCCUCUCUUCCUGCUUUAGCCGACAUUCGGUUUCGGGGAGGACAGCCUCUUCUCAUGGAGACCCUCAAGCAGGAACCCGCCGAUGUCGACAUGGACGCACCGCAGAUAUCCACUCUCCGUCAAGAGGAUAGUCCACCCCCGGCCCCACGUAGGGUCAAGCUGCUCCUCAAUAACGACAAACCUGGCAGCAGGUCGACCAGUACGUCCUCGCGCAAGCGGCCGCUCUCCGACCACGAAGACGAUGAGGACGAGGAAGACCAGCUCGCGGACGACGAUGACACGGGUCUUGUCGUGCCACCUGCUCCUCCUCUCCAGGUCUUGCCCAGUCCCACUGUGGAACCGGCGGCGCCGUCCAAGCCGCGGAAAGCCCCCGCCAAACGCAAACCCCGCAAGUCGGAAAAGAAGCUUGCCGAGGAGGAAGCCGCAACGGCGGAGAAAACUAUGCAGUCAAGUGCGCCCGGGAUGGCGCCGCCCACGAUGUCGUGGUUUGAGGUCAAUGCGUCAAAGGCGUCGGAGAACGCCGGUCGAACGAGCUCGUUCGAUGUCCAGGUGCCGGUGAACAUCGUGGCAGUCGAUCCCGGGAAUUCGAAACCCCCUCCGAAGAAGAAACCACGGAAAACGCCGACGACUAGUACUACUACUAGUGCGCCCAAACCACGCACCAAGUCUGGGCCCAAACUCAAGCAGGUCGAAGAUACGACCGAUGUUGUGAGUGAAGCUGGUUUCACGGCUACCGCAGCCUCUUCACCUAUCACCGCCGCGUUUGAACCGAAUGGUUCACCAGAACCAGACCCAAUACUACCGCUUAGUAUCGCACUGCCGGUUGAAGAUGCGCCCAUUAUCCUGGCAGAUACGCCUCUUCCCCAAUACCCACUCCCCGUCAAACCCUUCUCGGUUCUUCCGCCCCAGAAAAUGAACUCGGGCUUCGCACCCAUCAUCCCGCUUGACCGAAGCGGUGCUCCAGUACGCCGAUGGCGCACCGUCAAUCGGGAGAUCCGAGGCAUUGCGGGUGGGCGAUGGUUCACUCGGGCCUGGGUCGGCGCGAAAGAGUCGUCUGCGUUUGGAGGAGAGAAGUCGGUGGUGGCGAGCGCAUCCCCGUCGCCGGCUAAGCCAGUGAAGGUCCGUGCUGUGACCAAGACUGCAAGUACAUCGAACGCCGCGUCGCGUUCGAGUUCGACUGUCCCUUCGAAAAUGCGCAACAUCGUGGCUGAGAGCGUUGCCGGAGAUGAUGUUGUUGUAAUGGCAUAGUCCCCGUGUCAUGUAUAUUAUUUACUUGUAGAGCAUAUGCACUUCAGAUGGUUUCGUCAGA